AAUCUUUUAUUAGCAAAACCAAAAAACAACAGGCUCACAAAUCACCUCCAUCCCCCAAAGAAAAAACCACAUUCUCUCCCCCGUUUUCCUGUUAAUCUCAAAGUUCGCCGAGUUGGCCACCUCUCCGUCGUCCACCCCCGGACGGUGAGAGACCACCUCCCCCACCGCCACCGCCACCACAACCGCAGCCAUUGCCAUAAUGUCAUUCAAGCUCCUAGAAAUAAAUAUAUUAUCCGCGCAAGACCUAGCACCCGUAUCCAAACUCCUCCGAACCUUCGCCGUGGCAUGGGUCCACCCUGACCAGAAACUGACCACCCGGGUCGACCACCACGGCAACACCAACCCCACGUGGAACUACCGCUUUGUCUUCCGGCUCGACGACCUCUUCCUCUCCUCCUCCUCCUCCGCCCUCACCAUCGAGAUCUACAACGUCUCGUGGCUUCGUGACAUUCCCAUCGGAUCCGUCCACGCCCCCAUCGCCUCCAUCGUUCCUCCGCGGUCCCAGACGGAUUCCAACAAGCGAUUGGUUUCGCUUCAGAUUCGGCGGCCUUCGGGUACUCUCCAGGGGACGUUGAAUCUUGGUGUCAAUGUUAUCGAUAGCUCUAGGCGGAGCGUGCCUCUUGAUCGCCAACUUAGCGCACCCACCGGUAGGGAUACAGAACCAACGGUGAAUAGGUCCCCACAUAAACAUUCCAAAAGAAACCACGAGCAUGUAGACGAAGAGGAGGAGAAAAAGAAUGCGAAAAAGAUCAGAAAACUACGUCGUUCCCAAAGCGACCGCACCGACGAGGAAUCAACCCUGUCCAAAUCAAGCUCAAUUUUCACCCCCUCGAUUUCCAGAUUCCCGAAAUCAAAGGUCACAACGGCGGCAUCGAUCUCUUCCUACAUGAUGCGACCGCUGCCGUCGGAGGUGGCGGCGUCGAUGGCCAAGGGGCUGUACUCUACGUCGUCCUCCGGCGACCUCGGGAGCUCGGUUUUCGAGAACUGGACGGUGGUAGACGGCGGCGGAGGGGAGGCGGCGAGACCCAAGGCCGUUCGGUGGAAGACCGACGACGAGUUUACGCCGUCGUUGCCAAAGAAGAAGAACCGUUCGGGCGGCGGCGGAGGGUUGCUUUCGUGCUUUGGGAUAUUGUGUGGGUACGAGUGCAAUAUUGUUUGUGGGGCCCCUAAAAGCAAGACGAAGAAGAAGAGGAGAGUUUCGGAGGAAAACCUAGAUCUGUUGUAUUAUCGGCAUAUUUGAAACCAAAAUCUUACCGACACAAAUCAAAGUACACAAAUCGGAUACAAAUGGAUCCAAAGUACACAAAUUUGGUACAGAUGGAUCCAAAGUAUAAGGAAUUUACAUCUGACGUGUGAGACCUGCGCGUAUUGAAUGAUUCCGAAUAUAUGUGUCUAUAUCUGUGUAUUUUAGCCUAUGCUCGUAUCAUUGAUCGAUUUGAGAUGGUUGAGUUAGAGAGGGGAUGUUACACCAAUGUUGUACGAAUCUAAUUUCGAUAUAAAUGUGCAGUUUGAAUCAUCGUCGAUAUUCAAGAA